AUGGCGACCAACGGCAAUAAUGCACCCCCAAUGACCCGUGCGAAAGAGGUGAUUCACGGCGACGAAGAGGCCGGCGCUGAGCUGAAGCUCGGGGAGUUCCAGAACGUGUCCAGUCUGACACUUUCGGAGACGAAGGAGGUGCUUACAGCUGUGUUCAAUCACAGAAGGGAGCAGGGGAAAUUUAAGGUGCCGGACAAUGACGUCGUCACCAAAACACAGGCCUAUCUCGAGGUUUUCUCGCGCUUCAAGCAGCGUGAGAGUGUCCAAGCCGUAGAGCGGAUCCUUGCGCAGCAGACGGAUCUUGUUGCUUUCGAGAAGUCACAGCUAGGUACCCUAUGCUGUGACUCCGCCGAGGAGGCGAAAACCCUCAUUCCGAGUCUUCAGGAUAAGAUUUCAGAUGAGGAUCUACAAGAAUUACUUAAUGAGAUCACAAAAUUGAGACAAUUCGUUUAA